GCAGCAGCUUCCUACACAGAACGAAAGAGAACGAACCCGAGAACGAACCCGAGAACCUCCGUUCCCGCGUCUUCUGCUACUGCUCUUUGUGCUGCUCGUCGGACGAAUGGCUUCGGCAUUGGUAUCUUCGCCUUCGCCCCUGGUGGCCGGCGCGGCCCCUCGGUCGGCGCGGGCCCCGAUGGCGCCGUGCUCCGUCGCGUUCCCGCGGAGGACCGGCGGCGGCAAGCCGUCGGGGCUGUCGGUGGUGAGAGCCCGGGAGGGCGACAGGAAGGACUCGGCGGUGGACGUGCAGGUGAGCCAGGGGCAGGGGACGUCCGUCGAGAGGAGGCCGCGGCGCUUGGCGGUUGACGUCUCGCCCUUCGGCUUACUGGACCCGCUCUCGCCGAUGAGGACUAUGCGUCAAAUGUUGGACACAAUGGAUCGGUUGUUCGAGGAUGGCAUGACACUUCCUGGCAGCAGGAACAGGGCAGUUGGAGAAGUACGGGCCCCAUGGGACAUCCAUGACGACGAGCAUGAGAUCAGGAUGCGGUUCGACAUGCCCGGACUUGCCAAGGAGGACGUUAAGGUGUCCAUAGAAGAUGAUAUACUGGUCAUCAGGGGAGAGCAGAAGAAGGAAGAAGGUGAGAAGGAUGUGUGGUCGGGCCAGAGCUUCGGCUCCUACAACACCCGCCUCCAGCUACCCAAUAACUGUGAGAAGGACAAGAUUAAGGCAGAGCUCAAGAACGGCGUUCUUUAUGUUACCAUCCCGAAGAUGAAAGUGCAGCACAAUGUCGUCGAUGUACAAGUGCAGUGAAGUGCCACUGAGGGAUGUAAGUAACUCUGCAGGGGGCUUGCCAUGAACUCUUAGUGAAGGCUAUUUUGUCUUCAGGCCUGAUGUAUGUAUGAACUCUUUUUGGUUUUGUAUCUAAUACCUCGUAAGUGUGAAAUAAAGGAAGCCGUCUGCUUAUUCCUGCCA